AUGAAGUUUCUUCCGAGUUUUGGUGUCGUUCUGACGUUUGCCGUCCUUUGUGUGGUGAUGGUGAGAUUUCAUUCUAAUGAAACAGUAUAUUUUCAUACUUCAGGUCGAUUCCGUAAAAUCCGGCUGGUCGGAAUGGAUAAAUAAGCCAGACGCAGUUUGCAGCGACACCUGCGGAGGUUGCGGUCGGAUCGAGCAAAUCAGAAGCUGCCUGAGUGACGACCCUAAGCGCUGCAGGUUCGUUUUCUGAUCAAUGCUUGAUCCAAGAAAGCUUGAAAAACGUCUUCCAGGGGCCUGAGCGAGCGAUCGGCAAGGUGCAAUCACAAAUGGUGUGUCUUCCCCCGUGUCACUUGCUGUGAAGGUACCAAGAAAGCCAGAGCGUCAAAGUACUUUGUCUGCCUCGGAACUGAAGAAAUGUGA